AUGUUUAUUUUAAGUGAUGGUGUGGAUGAUGAUAAAGGUGAAGAUUAAAGAUGUAAAUAAAUUUUAUAUACUUCUAAAAUAACAGAUACAUUUACAAUUAAUACUUUUGGAUAUGGAAAUGAUCAUGAUCUAAAAGUCUUAAAUCAUAUUUCAAAUCUAAAAGGAGGUUAAUUUUUUUAUAUUGAUAACAUUUAAACAUUAUCAGAGUGUUUCAUUCUAGCUAUGAGUGGUAUGUUAUCAAUUAAAGCAUAAAAUGCAAUGUUAAAUAUUAAAUAGAUCAAUCAGAAUUUCAAAAUAUUCAAGAUCUUUGGAGAUGAUUAUUUUGGUAAAAAAUAAAUGAUUCGCAAUAUUAAUUGAAUUUCAAUUAUAUCAUUGAAGAAGAUAAAAUAGAAUUUGCUUUAGAAAUAGAAAUACCAAGCUCAAAGUAAUUUGAUAUAUAAUAAGCUGAUGUAUUAUCAAUUGAAUUAUAAGGAUUAUUAAUUGAAAUUAAUACAGAAUUUUUAAAAUAAUCUAAAUUAAUAUUAUAAUUCAGUAAUUAGUAAGUUUUAGCAGAACAAAAUGAAUUAGUAGAAAUUAAUUAUUUAAGAGCAAAAGCUGGAGAUAUAAUUGGAUAAGCAAAAUAAUAAGCUAAUUAAAAAAAUUUUGAUUAAGCUUAACAACUAUUAAAUAAAAUGAUAGAUGAAAUUGAAGAAUCAUUUUUUAAGAAUAAUAAUUAAUUACUUCUUGUAGUAAAAGUUUUAAAAAAAAUAAAAUCAAUUUGUCAACCAUAGCAAUAUUAAAAAGGAGGUGAAGCAUUUACGUUACAUAAAUAAAAAAAACAUAUUAAAUGA